AUGACUCAUACCUUCAAAGCACCAAGAAUGGCUGUGAUGGCUAUUGGUACAACCAGAACAUUCCGCACAGCAUGCAUCGAGGCUCAUAUCUUCAGCAUCGCCAGGUCCAACUGGAAUUUCUUCUGGUCUCUGUCCCUGAACCUUGUCCACCGUAAUGUCAUCUAUCGCUUCCUCACCCACACCAUCCCGACCAAACGCCUGCUACACUACUUUGAGAUAGCUGAAUCACCUCUCUGCCCAAUCUGUGGUAACGAAGAAAAUGCUGUACACUUGCUUUUCCUCUGUUCCAGUAAGGCAUCCAUCUGGAAAGCUAUCAUCUUUGAAUUUUUGUGGCCAACCGUUUCGAUUGGUGAUAUUAUCCAAGCCUGUUCCUCGCUUGACUUUGAAAACAUCAAGUAUGUCUCCAAAUCAUACACCACUGCUCACAUGGUCGUACUGGUAACACUUGGCAACAUUUGGCGAGCUCAAGUUCGUAUGAUCUUUCACUCGACUCCAUUUAUAUGGAUCGAUGUGGUCCAGCAGAUCAAGAACGAGCUCCUUCAACUACAUGCCCAAACUGAAAUUCACAAGCAAUUGUUAUUCUCUAAUCACAAUUGUCAUCUAUCAUCUGUUCCUGUCAUCUAUCAUCUGUUCCUGUCAUCUAUCGCUUUAUCCUAA